AUGACGGACUAUAUGGCACAGAUGCUCAACGAACUGAUGGGUCCCCAACGCAAUUCUUUGCCAGGAGAGGGUGGUGCAAUUGACUUCGAUCACCCAGACGUAUGUCGAGAUUUUCUUGUCGGCUUUUGCUUAGCUGAAGCGUUCCGGAACACUAAGAACGACCUAGGGUUCUGUCCAUAUCCCAUACAUGAUGAAGCACUCAAGAAACGAUAUCAGGAAAGCCAUCGGUUCGGACGUCUUGGAUAUGAAGAAAAGUAUUUGGAAAGGUUGAAUCGCAUGCACAACGAAGUUCGCAGAAAGAUCGAAAAGAAUGAGGCCCGACUAGUCCAUACACGAGCAGACACCCAUGUUUCUUGUGAAGUGUAUGAUAAGAAAAAGGCGGAGUUGAUUGAAAAACGAGAAAUGAUUGGGAGAAGAAUCGAAGGGUUAAUGGAAGAAGCUGAGAUCGAAGGCCAACAAGGAAAUGUUGCUGCAGCUCAAACAGCAGUUCAGAAGGCAGAUGAGCUCACAAAGGAACGAGAAGACUUGAAAAAGCAGGAAGAGGAGCUAGAACUUGAAAGGCAGAGAGCAAUUACAAUGGAGGAUCAGUUAACUGCGGGAAACAAGCAGAUGCAAGUUUGUCAAGUGUGCGGAUGCUUCAUGCUGACGAAUGACGCGCAGAGUCGCAUAGAUGAUCAUCUCAGUGGAAAGUUGCAUAUUGCUUACACAAGAAUCAAGGAGCAAAUCGACCUCAUGAUGAAAGCUAAGGAAGAAAAAAGAGUUCAGUUGGAGAAGGAACGCGGAAGGGACAAGGACGAUAGAAAACGAGAAGAUCGUGACAAAGAUCGGGAGAAAGACAGAGAUCGCAAGGAGCGAGAGGGAAGAAGAGACCGUAGUAGAGACAGAAGGAGCUCUCGUCGUUCAAGAAGCCGCGAUCGUGAUGGACGUGACCGUCGUGAUGAAAGAAGAAGUGAUCGUGACCGCCGAGACAGAAGCCGGUCACGUGACCGCAAGAAUAGAUAUUUUGCAAUUGUCCCACUACUCUUAUUGAGGGUCAUUAUGCUAGUUUUUAGAUUUAGAGCUAACAUUGCGAGAAUUCACUCUGACGAUUCGAGCGACGCUGACUCCUUCACAACAAUUUCAUUCGAUUUCGGUAUUUCACUCUCAUCUCUUUGUUUGUCAAGGGUCGAUGGGCUACGCCCCGCUGAAAAUGCAAAAGAGCUCGUUCUGGUAUUUCCCUUUUGUUCCUUUUUUUCUAAUCGUGGAAGUGUUGUUUGUUGUGUAUUAAUAAACACCAGUCAUAUCGCUAAGGAGUAUGUGGAGACUACACGUGAACAAACAAUACUCUGCGAGCAAAUAAAUACCAUGGUCGUUCUUAUCAAAGGAUUAAAUCAAGAAUUCAGUGCAGAUCUCGAUGUUGUGUUUCCUUCAGUAGUAGAUCGGACUCGAGAGAUGAACUCCCCGUAUGCAACGAUCGUUGACAACCCGGACUUCCAUCCGGCCCUGUAUGCCGAGAAAAUCGACCGUGCUUUGCGCGCAGGCGACAAGGACACAAUCGUGAAGGUUCUCACCUCAAUUAGCAACCAUCAACGUCAACUGUUGCGUGAACCGUACAAGAUUAAGUAUGGCAAGGACAUUAUCUCGGCUCUUGACAAGAAGUUCAGUGGAGAUCUCGAAAGAACCAUCUUUGCCCUCAUGGACACACCACUGGACUACGAUCUCAAACAGCUCAAGCAAGCCAUGAAGGGCCUUGGCACUGACGAGGCGGUGCUGAUCGAGAUUCUUUGCUCUCGAACCACUGACCAAAUGGCAGCGAUCCGAAUCGCCUACGAGAGGGAAUACAAAAUACCGCUUGAGAAAGAGGUUGCAUCCGAAACAUCAGGAGAAUUCAAAGAUCUGCUUGUCGCACUUAUCACCGGUAGCAGGGACGGUAGCCGUAACACCAACGACCAGGAGGCAAAAGAUGACGCCGUUCGUCUCUACGCCGAUGGAAAGUCGAAACUGGUGGGAAAAGAUGCGGCUUCGCAUUUCCUCAAAAUCCUCGCAACUCAAAAUCAGUACCAACUGAGAAAGGUAUUUGCUGCUUUUGCGGAACUUUCCGGAUCCAGCAUCGAAAAAGCAAUCGAAAAGGAGUUCAGUGGUGAUCUGCAGAGGAGCUACCUCACUAUAGUUCGAGCUGCCUCCGACAAGCAGAAGUUUUUCGCCAUGCAGUUGUACAACUCGAUGAAGGGUCUCGGAACUCGCGACAAUGAUUUGAUUCGUGUGCUCGUCACCCGUUCCGAAGUUGACCUCGAACUAAUUAAACAGGAAUUCCAAGCUCUAUACAACAAACCCCUCGAUGAGAUGAUCAAGGGUGACACGUCCGGACAGUAUCGUGAUGCACUUCUCGCUAUUGUUGAAGGAAACCGCAUGUAG